GGCAACUUCUUAACUAUAAUGUUGGAAGUGGCCUGCAUUUAAAACAUGGAAGAUGUGAAAAGCAACAAUUCCAGCUUAAAUAACAAUGAUAUUGAAAGUAGAAGCAAUCUUGGAGAUAGCAACCGUGUUGACCUUCGUAAUAACAGCAGGAGAGUUGUUCCAGAACCAGUACCUGCUAUGGAAACGUACAUGACAUUUAUCCAGACAUACCAGUCUCCCUUAACCAAACCUAAGGAAUAUCCAACCGUCCAGACCUUGCUGUUGGCUUACCAAUCUCUUGGAGUUGUAUAUGGGGACCUUGGAACUUCUCCUGUCAAUGUCUUUUCCUCUACUCGCUUAACAAAUCUCACUGAAGAUGAUUUACUUGGGACAUUCAGCCUAAUCUUUUGGACUUUAACAUUGCUCGUGUUAGUCAAAUAUGUCUUCAUCGUCCUCCAUGCUAAUGAUCAUGGAGAAGGCGGUACUUUUGCUCUCUAUUCAUAUCUCUGUCGCCACAUCAAUUUCCGAAGCAAACUUACUAUCCACAACGUUAGGAUGGAAUCUGAUGAGAGCAUGGCAUAUUACAGCCAAGAGAGUGGAAGUCCUCUGCGUUCAAAAACUAAGAAGUUCCUGGAGAGAAGUUCUGCAGCUCAAAAUUUUCUUACUUUUGUUGUUUUACUUGGAACUUGUAUGGUCAUUGGUGAUGGAGCUCUCACUCCUGCUACUUGUGUACUCUCAGCCCUCCAAGGAAUUCAAUCUCUCUCUUCCAAGAUAACCCAAGAUCAUGUGGUUUUCAUGUCUGUGAUUAUGUUAAUCGGCCUUUUCAUGUUUCAACGCUGUGGAACAAGCAAAGUCAGCUUCUGCUUCACUCCAGUAAUGUUAUUGUGGUUCGCUACCAAUGUUUCAGUCGGUAUCUACAAUAUGUUUGAGUACUAUCCAUCAGUUCUUAAAGCCAUUUCUCCUCACUACAUAGUGAAAUUUGUUUCAAGAAAUGGAAAGACUGCUUGGAAUCUUCUCGGUGCAGUAUUUCUAAGCAUUACAGGAGCUGAAGCCAUGUUUGCUGAUUUAGGUCAUUUCAAUAAAAGAGCAAUUCAGUUGGCAUUUUCUUUUGUAGUUUAUCCAUCCCUAGUUCUCAGCUAUGCCGGUGAAACAGCUUAUCUAGUGAGGUACCCAGAGAAUAUCAACAAUGCCUAUUACAGUUCCCUACCAAAACCUGUAUACUGGCCAAUGUUUGUAGUCUCAACCCUAGCUGCCAUAGUUGCUAGCCAGUCCAUGAUAUCAGCAACUUUUUCCAUUGUAAAGCAAUCACUUGCUCUUGGAUGCUUCCCUCGAGUAAACAUUAUACAUACUUCAUCUAUGCAUGAAGGACAAAUCUAUUCCCCAGAAGUAAACUACAUCCUCAUGAUUCUUUGUGUCACUCUCGUUCUUGGAUUCAAAGGUGGUGUUGAACUAGCAAAUGCCUAUGGGGUGGUGGUCAUCUGGGUAAUGAUCAUAACUACAUUCUUGACAGCAUUAGUGAUGCUAAUCAUAUGGAAGACAAAUAUCAUUCUCAUUUUGGCAUUUUUCUUGCCCUAUAUAAUAAUUGAAGGUUGUUUCAUGACAUCUUUGCUCAAUAAAAUACCACAAGGAGGAUGGGUGCCGUUUGCUAUUUCUGCUUUCUUCUUGACCAUCAUGCUAUCUUGGACAUAUGGAAGGAGUAAGAAAUAUGAAUAUGAAGCAGAUAGAAAGAUGAGUUUACCUGAUCUAGACCAAAUGCUGUCAAGCUUUAGUACAUACCGAGCGCCAGGAAUCUGCUUCUUUUUCACUGAUCUUGCAAAUGGCAUUCCACCCAUAAUCCGGCAUUAUAUUCAGCACACAAAUUCUGUACGAGAAAUCCUGGUAAUUGUCACUGUUAGAACUCUUCCCAUCAAAUCUGUCCUGCUGGAGGAACGUUACAAUGUGGGGAAGCUGGGAGUUGAAGGGGUCUAUCGGUGUUUAAUUCAGUUUGGAUAUAAGGAUUCUCAGAGCAUGGAAGGAGAUGACUUUGUUACUUCGAUGAUCACAAAACUCCAAGACCAAGCUGAGUUUACUAGUGAAAAACAAAAGAUAGAUGCAGCUGCUGACAGAGGACCCGUUUUUGUGUUAGGAAGAACAAUUCUUAAAGCAAAUAAAGGUUGGUUUGCUCGCUUCACUAUAGAGUACUUGUACAGGUUUCUUCAGAAGAAUAGCAGGGCAGCCAUUUCUGCACUUCAAAUUCCACCAGAUAAAACACUUCAAGUUGGUAUGCUUUAUGAAAUCUAAAAAGGUGCCUUCGCACCAUAAAA